AUGCAAUAUCAAAGAAUAGUGGAGAGGAUAGAAAGAGUGGCAUCAGAAAAUGCAGUGGUGAUCUUCAGUAAAAGUAGUUGCUGCAUGUGUCAUGCAAUCCAACGGUUAUUCUGUGGGAUGGGGGUUAAUCCAACGGUGCAUGACUUAGACAUGGACCCAUGGGGUGAAGAUAUGGAGAAAGCUCUUAUGCUGCUCUUGACCACACCUAACCCAGUGCCAGUUGUUUUUGUUGGUGGUCAGCUUCUAGGAGCUAUGGACCGUGUUAUGGCUUCCCAUAUUAAUGGCUCACUCGUCCCCCUCCUCAAGCAAGCUGGUGCUCUCUGGCUUUAG